AUGGGAAGAACCAUGCUUGUCUGCCUCGUAGGCAGUAUCACGGCCUUUUCCGUUCUCGUUGACCUUGCUAUCUCCAUUACAUCCUAUAUGCUGCAAGAGAGCCCAUCAAACGAACCCAAUCCUAGCAAAUGGAGCAGCGUUUCUCUUACAGCCGUGAAUUUCAUACUCGUUGGUCUUCUAUCCUACCGAUUAUUCCUUGAGAGCGAAUCUCAAGCGGCAGAAUGGGUCCUGUGGAAAUUCCGAGCUCGAGCUCUCUUCAGUCCCAUCAUAUUCAUCAAUAUCGGCAUCAUUAGCGGUGAGAGGGUGGGAAAUCUCUACUUCAACAGUCCAAAGAGUUCAUCCAGCAGCGUGUGGCUCUCCAUGAACAUAGCCCACGCCGUCGUAUGGACGAUCUCAGCAUACUGUCAAGGAUUUCUCUGUGCCCUCUCGUUCGUCCUCUCCAACAUCCUCGACAACCAUUCCUGUCGAGUGUCCAAUCCACACAUAGAUAUCGGCCGCACAGCCGAAUCAGUCUUUUCAACGACCAACCUCAUCUCACCACAAAGUCCACAGUGGAGAAACCGCCUCCUAUCACCCGUCCCUUCAUUUCUCGACCCCUUACCAUCCCCUCAGAGCGAGAUGAGCGUCAGAACAAGCAUCCUCCGCUCCCCACUCCCAAACUACUACACCUGCAAAGAACCCGAGCCGCUCUUUCUGCAGACUCGCAGCAGGGAAAAGUCGCUCCAGUCGACUCCAUCCAUCGACACCGUCAUUCGGUGCCUUGAGUCCAGCAACGAGGACAGUGCAGAAGCCACCACGCCGACUCCCUCUCCGACCGCUCGCGAGUCCCUCCUCGAAGCUAUUGAGAAGAACAUCCACCCGCUCUUCAGACCUAGCACGCCGCAUCUAUUUCCAAUGCCGAAUAUGUCGACUUCGAUUAUCGCUCCGUUGGAAAGUCAUGGCCAGGUGACCGUGUCCUUACCACGCCAGAGGGAAGUCGUCGAUCCGCAGCUGUCGCCUGCAACAGCACAGCCCAUGCUGCCGUUUUAUGUUCUCAAUGCGACGGCAAGGAAUAGCCUUGCGCGGUAUGAGGAUAGUAAGGUUUAA